AUGCUGGGACCCUGCUACCAACGCGGAGGAGCAGGGCACAUCGCACCCUUUUUUCCCCUCCUCACGGAGAAAGUGAUCAUCCUUAUCCCAACCCGUGGACUUUCCAGUCUGAUAACGGGUCGAGGUGGUCGGCCAGACCAUUCCUACAUGCCUCCAUGGGCCCAAUCCAUCAACAAAAACCAGGAUGGUAGAAAGUCUUUGGGUGACGACAACCACAGAUUGCCCCCUUGCAAGCCAUACCCCUACCCUGGAUCGACUGAUGGCCAUAGACCAUACCGCUAUCCGGAGGCGGUCUCGUGGGGACAGUUCCAACCCUCCCCACGGAAAAACGAGGAACAGUUCAAGCCUUCAUUUGUUCGUCAACCAUAUUUGUUUCUGGGUGGGUUACAUAGCACAAGUCCACCCCCCCAGCAACCUUUCGAAAACUUGAGUAACCCUUACGGUGAGACUCCCUCUCCUCGGCAGCCAUACCCAUUCCCCAGCGGCCAACAAGGCGGGCCUAGUAGACGGGAAUGGGGCGACUUUGGAGAACCUCACAAGGCCUACGGCCCAUGGGCAUUCACGCAACAAACACCCUGGACACGCCUGCCUACUGGAUCCGACAAAUAUAUUACCGAGGUUGAUAUAUUCAAUACUCCAGGGACAUUUGUGAUUCACGUGCCGCUCCCGGGGGCGAAGAAGGAAGAUAUCGAGGUUAACUGGGAUCCGAAGAGGGUGGAACUCAGCAUUACCGGUUUGAUCAACCGACCUGGCUCUGAGGACCUAGUCAAGACAAUUGUGUUAGAUGAGCGCAAGGUUGGGACGUUUCAUCGAAAGGUGCGAUUGGGUAGUCGAGCGAAUCCCCCCAAGGUAGAUGCAGAUGCGAUUUCAGCCAUGUUGGAGGUUGGGGGUUCUUGUUAA